UUUGAAAGAUAUUUGAGUGUGCUUCUGUCUUCAGUCAAAAAAUGCAAAAUUUAUAAAAUGAAGCAAAUCACUCAUCAAAUAAUUGGUUUUUCUUUGGCACUACUUAUAAAUUACACGCUCCAAUUCCUAUUUUUUGCGGCAUUGUGCAGUGAUUCAAAAUAUUGCUAUUUGUUUCCUUGAAGAGUCAAAAUGGAAUCACACGAAUACAUCGACAAGACCGUAGAAAUUCUCAAGAAUCGUUUUUAUUUCGCCGUCUCAAAAUUCUCCGUUUAUAAACGUUUGAAAAAUUCAAGAAACUACCAGUAUAUUUGUUUCGAUGAAGAGCUCAGAUACCGGAAUUUUUUCCACGACUUUGGGCCGUUGAAUAUCUCGUGUCUGUAUAAGUAUUCGUGUAAGGUCACCAAGAUGUUGCAGAAUUUCAGAGGAAGGAAAAAAAUUGUACAUUACACGAGCCAUGAUCCCAAUAAGAAAGCCAAUGCGGCGUAUUUGGUCGGCUGUUUUGCCGUCGUUUGCAUGAAAAUGGAACCGUUUGAAGUCUACAAAAUUCUACUUAUCACAGAACCAUACAAGCAAUUUGUCGACGCCCUUCAGCGCACUUCAGUUCACACAAUCAGACUUUUUGACUGUUUUUCAGGAGUUGCAAAAGCGUUACAAUAUAAUUUGUUCGAUUUUACCGAUUUUAAUGUUCAAGAGUAUGACGUGUGUGACCAAGUGGAAAAAGGGAACAUGAAUUGGAUCAUUCCUCGAAAAUUUCUCGCAUUUUUGGGACCCACUGAACCUAGAGUCGGAGUUGGACACACUCCUGGCUUCUAUUUGGAAUAUUUCCUUCAACACGACAUCAAGACUGUAAUUCGUCUCAAUGACAAACUUUACGACUCCUCGGUUUUUACUCGGAUUGGAAUUGAGCAUCACGACUUAUUUUUUGAUGAUGGUUCAGUCCCUUCGAUGGACAUUUUGCUCAGUUUUUUACGUAUUACUGAAACCGCCCCAGCGGCAAUUGCUGUGCACUGCAAGUUGAUCUCUCCUUUAAAGGCUGGACUUGGAAGAACCGGGACUUUGAUCGGGGCGUAUCUUGUGAAACAUUAUUCAAUGACGGCUAAAGAGGCAGUGGCUUGGUUGAGAAUUUGUCGGCCUGGGUCGGUGACGGGGGCCCAACAGGCUUUCUUGGAGGACAACGAGGGUUGGCUUUGGAGGUCAGGGAGUGAAUAUAGGAUCAGGCACUAUGGGGAUGAGACUAGAAUGCCUCAGCAUAAGUACGGGAUUUACAGCAAACAAUGGCCCGUUGAUCGAAGUCGGAUUAUAAAUGAGGCUAGGAGAAAACUGAGAUUGAACGAUCUUAAUUGCCAUUAUCGAGCUUUGAGACAAAUGGAUGAAAAACAGUAUUUGAGACAUGUAUCCAAGUUGUUGGCUUCAGUGAGGAGUUACGAAGCGGACAAGUUGAGGGACAAGGUUGGGAAGGUCCUUACAGGAUUCCCAAAAUAUUAAUUGUAACAAUGAUUUUGAAAAUAAAUUUUUUCGGUUUUUGUAAUAAA